UCUUCAUAUCACACAUAACUGACACACAUCUAAACUCUUGACCUUUGUAAUAGCGACUCAGGAGUACGCAUAUAUAUUAAAAACUUUCUGAUUUCAUUUUUAUGGCUGAGUUUCAAGCGAAGGCAGCAAUUUGCGGCAGCGGAGGCGGCGCGUGGUGGAACUCGCCCAGGAGCGUUAUGUCUCCUUCGGAUCAUUUCUUGUCGCCUUGUUUCGGACAGCGAGAGGCUGAUUCCGAUAGUGGAGGAAGCACCGUGACUAUUGACUCGACGUUGCAAAUGAUGGGUCUAGGGUUUUCCUCAAACUCUUCUCCAGAUUGGAACCAAACCCUAUUACAAGAAGAGUUAAACUCAAGCUUCAUAAGGAGCUCACAAGAUCACUAUAACGGCCAAGGGUUCUUAUCCACAACUAGUUCACCUUAUCUUUUUAAUUCAGCUUGUUCUUCAUCUUCAUCACCUUCUUCUUCUUCCUCGAGCUUGUUACAAACCUUUUACGAUCCGGAACCGAGUCCCUACAGGUUCCUUUCUACCACUAGCUGCUCAAUCAAUGAUCCUCAGCUCUCUUGGGAUAGUAAUAAGACAAGUCCUCAUCAUCAAGAUGCUUUUGGAAUAAUUAACAACUUCUCUAACAACACAAACUCUCGACCCUUUUGGAGUUCUUCAUCAACCACUAACUUAAACAACACUCCGCGUAACAGUUUUGUAACCACUUCGCAGAUAAUACCUACUCGUCUUGAGGACAAACCUAAGCCUAAAGGCCAGACCGAGUCUUUAAAGAGAGCGAAGAAUAACGAAUCCGCGUCGAAGAAACAGAGAACUACCACGCCUUCACCAUUGCCAACUUUUAAGGUGAGAAAAGAGAAUCUAAGGGACCAGAUUACUUCAUUACAACAGCUAGUUUCACCUUUCGGAAAGACAGAUACUGCAUCUGUUCUCCAGGAAUCCAUAGAGUACAUCAAGUUCCUUCACGAUCAAGUCACUGUUCUAAGCACUCCUUACAUGAAACAAGGUUCUUCCAUCCAACAACAACAUCAGAAAGCUGUUAAGAAUCAAGAUGGAAAUGUGAAUCAAGAAUUAAGAGCACACGGUCUAUGUCUCGUCCCAGUAUCAAGCACUUUUCCAGUGGCUAAUGAAACAACCGCCGAUUUUUGGACACCAACGUUUGGGGGCAACAGUUUCAGGUAAAGAUGAACGUAUAUCAAACGAUUCUUUAUUAGCAUCAAGAUACUCAUCAAUAACGUUUAAAAUAAUAUACUAAUAAAUAAGGAAAUAAAAUUCGUAUGUCAUGAUCAAAGAAUGAAUCAUUACUUGGAAAAAGUAGAUAUGGAAGAAAAAUGUGACUCUUCAAAGGUAGGCAGAGGCAACAAUGGUGUUGGUGGGGACCAAUUACAAAAGCAAGAAUGAUUUAGGGCUUAGAAGAAUGGAUUACAUAUCAUAAAUUAACAUGCUCUUUGACAGAGAUAAAAUAAAAUAAUGUGCUCUAUUUAGAAAAAGAAACAUAUACAUAAUUUGCACCAAAAUAAUAUUAUAUAUAAAUAACUAAGCUGAAUUUGUUUUUAAUAACCUAUAGGUGAUUAAAGAGAGCGAGGGUUGUGGCUGUCAAGACGGACGGGAACAUAUGCUAAAUUCAGCUUGAAGACUUUAAAGCAUGAUAAUAAUCUUAAUGUACUUUUUUCUUCUUCUUUAGUAUUUUAUUUUAAUAUAUUGUAGGGGGUUUUGUUGCUGAAUUUAGCUGAUAUGGGUUGUUGUUAUGUUGAAGAACCUUUUGUUCCUGUCCUUGUUCUUGAAUAUAUAAAUAUACAUAGUUUUGCUGGCGUUGGGGCCAUCUUUGUUACUCAAUUAUUAAAGAUAAAACUCUUUGUUUGUCCUCCUGAUCUGUAUGUGUAAAUAUUUCGCUCCG